AUGUUAGCUGGGGCAUCCUUCGGCGUGGUGUACCAAUUAAGUUUAGUCAGUUCCCAGUUACAGAUAGACCGCAACGACAUUGACUAUCACACCAAAUUCAUUGAAGUAACAGCAUACAACACGUUCCUCAAGACCUUGGGAUUUGCGUUUGCAGGAAUUGUCAGCACUACUAUCUUUGGAGUCUCUCUCCACAACUUUACCGCAGGAUCAUCUAUUCCCAACUUUGAAAGCACGGAGGGUGUCAUCAGUUUUAGGAUGCAUCAUUUUGACGGCAAGAACUCUGAGCUUGGACGGCUGCUGGCAAAGUCUAUCCGGAACGUUUUUCUUUUCGCGUUAGGCUGUAGCGCGCUGUCCUUCAUAUUUUCGCUGUUUACUUCUAAUAGACGCACAAAAACGACGGCGGAAGAAGAAAACGAUGCAAUUGAAAUGGGAGUCAAGGUAUGA